AUGGAUAACAUUGGGGUUUUGACUUCUGAGCCCACUAAGGUUGACGAAUUUACAAAAUCUAUAGAGAGAAUUUCAGAAGACUCCAUCUCACUGUCUGACGGCGGGAUCCGUGAGACAAGUAUGACUGAAGCUGAGGUUUUAGAUGUUCUUGAUGAAGAAGUGGAAUUACCUGGCUCAACUAGGCCACGACCACGACCAAACCUUGGGCGCAGUAAUGCUGAUAAUAUUAGUAUUGAAAAAGAAAAUAUAGGAACUGGAGAAGUUACCAAGAAAAUAUCGAGCUGGUUUAGUUCUUUUUGGAUCCCUUCUCAAGAUACAAAUGGAGACGAGUCUGAUAAGGACGAUCCUGAUUUUGUUCGUUUCAAAAAAGGGUUAUUUGAUAGUUUAGAUAAUACGAUUUGGUUGAUGGGUGUACAUUAUGAAGUCAAUGAAGAUCGCUGUUCGAGCGAAUCUAAUGGCACUUUUUAUGAAGCAUCAAGUUAUUAUUAUACUACACCCGGAACCUUUCCGCAUCUUUCGGUACAACAACAGACAUUAUCAUCAACUAAUUAUCCAGCUGAAUUUGUUCAAGAUUUCACUUCACGAAUAUGGUGUACAUAUAGACACAAUUACGCUCCAAUAAAACCAACGAACUUUACGAAUGAUGGAGGAUGGGGUUGUAUGUUAAGGUCAGGUCAAUCAUUACUUGCAAAUGCUUUAAUAGUACAAUUUUUGGGUAGAGAAUGGCGAAGAGUAAAUAGAGGUGAAGAUACAUGGAAUAGAUAUAUUCUUGCAUGGUUUAUAGAUGACAUGUCAUCACGUUGUCCGUUUUCCGUUCACCGUGUAGCUUUGUUAGGUAAACUGCUUGGAAAGAGUAUUGGCGAAUGGUUUGGGCCUUCAACAGCAUCUCAAGCUAUCAAAGCAUUGGUAGAAGAUUAUCCAGCUGCACAAUUAAGUGUACACAUUGCAACAGAUGGUGUAGUUUAUAAAAAUGAAGUAUACAAUGCUGCGCAGAAUAAUCGAUCUGGAAAGGAUUUUCAAUCAGUUUUGAUUCUGGCAUAUUUUAGAUUUCCACAUUGUGUAGGAAUAGCUGGGCAACCAUCAUCUUCAUAUUACUUUAUUGGAACUCAAGGAGAUGACUUGCUUUAUCUUGAUCCACAUCAUUCAAGGCCGGCAUUAGAAUUGAAAGCCAUACAAGAAUUUACUGAAGAGGAGAUGUCAACUUUUCAUUGCGAUACGUUACGUAAAAUACCAAUUUCGCAACUAGAUCCUUCAAUGCUACUUGGAUUUUAUUGUCGAAAUGGUGAAGAAUUUGAAAAUUUUUGUAACCUUGUUGAAGAGAUUAGCAAAAACCACGCGCCCGUUUUAACAAUUGCACAAGAAGCACCUGUCUAUGAUUAUGAUUUGGAUGUUAUUUCAGAUGAAGAUGAAUGUGAAAAAUGCAAUUUGCAAGACGAGUGA